UGGCGUGGUUCCGGAAGACGUGGCGGCUGCUGUGCAGCGGGCAGUGAAUGCUGUUAGUCUGCUGAAUUGCCUGUCUGUUGGUUCGGACUGCCGUGUCGGCGUGGCUUUCGAUCGAACUACUGCAAACAUGAUCUCCUUGUCGGAUUCACAGAAAAUCGGAAUGGGAUUAACAGGCUUCGGCGUGUUUUUCCUUUUCUUCGGAAUGAUCCUGUUCUUUGACAAGGCACUUCUAGCUAUUGGGAAUAUCCUGUUUGUGGCAGGCUUGUCCUUUGUCAUCGGCCUGGAGAGGACGUUCAAGUUUUUCUUCCAGAAGCACAAAAUGAAGGCCACCGGUUUCUUCCUGGGAGGCGUCUUUAUUGUCCUGAUUGGCUGGCCCAUGGUUGGAAUGGUUCUGGAGAUUUAUGGGUUUUUUCUUUUGUUCAGGGGGUUCUUUCCUGUGGCUGUUGGUUUCAUCAGAAGGGUGCCAGUACUCGGAUAUUUGUUGAAUUUGCCUGGAAUUAGUUCGUUUGUGGAUAAAGUCGGUGAAAGCAACAACAUGGUAUAACAGAGACUACAUGGGAACUUUUUGAGUUGCUUUAUUAUUACAUUUAUAACUGUGUCCCAAAGUAACUGUAUCCCGUCUACCAAAUCCGAUCCAUUAGUUUAUUGCCAAAAACCUUUUUGUUGUUGUUGUUUAAAAACAGCUAGUAGAGUUUAAUCUACUUUCUUGGUUAUUUUUGAUCUGAUGAAUCUACAAUCGGUCAAAUGCUGGGCGAGGUUGUACUGUACAGUGAGUGCUUUUUCACGCCAAUGAAAGGUGGAGAUAUCGUGAUUUUACCAGCAUUAUCAGAUAACAGGAGGGGGGACACAGUGACUUUGAAGAAACUUUUAGCACAGGGUUAGGCUUGUGUAUGAAAACCUUACAUGAGCCUUUUUGCUAUACAGAUCAUUUCUGUGCGAAAAUGAAUUGUAAGAGAUGUAUACUGUGGCUGACCAAAUGAAAUGUGUCAGGAUAAUUAUAAUUUAAAACAGGGAUCAUGACAGCUACAGUAGGCUAUGACCUUAUGUCUUUUGAGAUGGCGUUGGAAAUCUGUUACAGAGAUCGUCAGCUGCAAUAUACUGCUGUGCCUGUACUUUACUUUCUUUUGAGGAAAGCUGAAGUACUGUGAAACAAAAAGGUUUUUAUUUAUGAAGUGCCAGAAAUGGCAGCCUUUUUUCUGUUUAAUAAAAAAAAAAAAAAAAAAAAAAAAAA